AUGGUCAUCCUGCAAGAAAAUUCUCGCAUGUGGGAAAUUCAUGCCUCUGCGGAGAAAGCUACACGAUGUAGCUCUCCUACAGGAGGUAAAAGUUCUCCACUGCCACCCUUGGAAGUAGCACUUUGGACAGACCAGUUGAGACUUGAAGGCAGCUCGGUUACCAGGCUCCAUACAUCCAGCUCCAUACAUCCAGCUCCAUACAUCCAGCUCUACGCAUCUAGCUCCAUACAUCCAGCUCCAUACAUCCAGCUCCAUACAUCUAGCUCCAUACAUCCAGCUCCAUACAUCCAGCUCUACGCAUCUAGCUCCAUACAUCCAGCUCCAUACAUCCAGCUCCAUACAUCUAGCUCCAUACAUCCAGCUCCAUACAUCCAGCUCUACGCAUCUAGCUCCAUACAUCCAGCUCUAUACAUCCAGCUCCAUACAUCCAGCUCCAUACAUCCAGCUCCACACAUCCAGCUCCAUACAUCCAGCUCCAUACAUCCAGCUCCAUACAUCCAGCUCCAUACAUCCAGCUCUACGCAUCUAGCUCCACACAUCCAGCUCCACACAUCCAGCUCUAUACAUCUAGCUCCAUACAUCCAGCUCCAUACAUCCAGCUCUACGCAUCUAGCUCCACACAUCCAGCUCCACACAUCCAGCUCCAUACAUCUAGCUCCAUACAUCCAGCUCCAUACAUCCAGCUCCAUACAUCCAGCUCCAUACAUCCAGCUCCAUACAUCCAGCUCCACACAUCCAGCUCCAUACAUCCAGCUCCACACAUCCAGCUCCAUACAUCCAGCUCCAUACAUCCAGCUCUACGCAUCUAGCUCCACACAUCCAGCUCCACACAUCCAGCUCCAUACAUCUAGCUCCAUACAUCCAGCUCCAUACAUCCAGCUCCAUACAUCCAGCUCUACGCAUCUAGCUCCAUAUAUCCAGCUCCAUACAUCCAGCUCCAUACAUCCAGCUCCAUACAUCCAGCUCCACACAUCCAGCUCCACGCAUCAAGCUCCAUACAUCCAGCUCCAUAAAUCCAGCUCCAUACAUCUAGCUCCAUACAUCCAGCUCUGCACAUCUAGUUCCAUACAUCCAGCUCCACACAUCCAGCUCUAUACAUCUAGCUCCAUACAUCCAGCUCCACACAUCCAGCUCUAUGCAUCUAGCUCCAUACAUCUAGCUCCAUACAUCCAGCUCCAUGCAUCCAGCUCCAUACAUCCAGCUCUAUGCAUCUAG